UAAUAUUCGAUACUUUUUUAUAUAAUUUAAUUUAUCAUUUUUAUACUGUUUUAUAUAAAACUUUGUCAUACAUUUUAUUUCAUAUUUUUCUUAUUAUAUUUUUGAGGAUAUUAACGACAAAUUAACUAUUUUUAAAGGGCUUUUUUAGAUUUAGUAAUAUUCUGGGACAAAAACACAAGUUUAUCAAAAUACAACUUUGUUAAUGUCAAAGUGUUAGGUGAUAGUAAUGUCACAGUAAGAAUUUGUGCAUCGUAAAUAAAUUUGAACUUCUUAUAAUGUAACUUUAAAUAAAGUAAUCCUUUUUUGACGAAGGUUUUUUUUUUUUUAAAAAACAUGUUAAAUUUGAGCUGAGCACGUUCCUUCUUAUAACAAUAUCGUAAGAGUACUUUUCAUUAUACAACUUUUACUUUACGCAAAAUGGAAUAAAAUUUUAAAACAAAGGCAUCUUGUGUCUGCGUGUGCGCAGUACCAUUAACUUACCGAAGUGAGACUAGUAUUAUUAGUGUGAUGUGAAAAUCAUUCAUUGGUACUAUAUUUUAGUAUUUCUUUUUUAAUGUAACUUUUUUACAAGCGUAGUUUACCUUCAACCCUCUUUUAAUAUGCUUACAUUUUCCUCAUUAGAUCUUCUUCUAUACUUUAUGCUUAUUGUUUUUUAUUGUAAAAUGUUAUUUUAUUUAUUUCAGAGUUCACAUAUGGAACUUUUUAAGCAGGACGAGAUGUUGUUGACGAAGUGCUGCUCCAAAUAUUCGAUCAUUUUAAGUUACGUGAAAUGCCUUUGUUAAUGCUGGUGUGUAAACAUUGGAAAAUGGUUAUAGAUUCAAUUGACACUCUUUGGAAGAAGUAUGUACCACGAGAAUCUCAAACAAAUAAGUUAGCAUUAAAGCACCUUUUUAAAAAUUCAAUAAAAGUUGGAUUAGAAAGGUGGUUUCCAAACCCAUAUCCGUUAUUAAAUUUAAGAGCAAAAUUAAUAGAUUUUUGUAAUCGCUAUGGCUUUUUUAAAGUGGAACAAACGGAUGCAAGAUUCGCGUUAUACAUCCGCUUGAAUCCAACUUAUGAUUUUGUUGAUGGUACCAAAAAUGUUGAGAUCACAGAUAUAAUUGAAGAAAUAUGGGAUACUUUUGGUGAGCGAGAUGAAGAUGCGGAACAACUUUCUUCUGUGGAUGAUGUAAUCGCACAUUCAAUAAAAAUAGAUUUUAAAAAGCUUUUAAAGAUUUUUCAAAGUACCUUUGAACCAAGCUAUAUUGAACACAUGGAAGAAAUAAAUUGUAGAAAUUUAGACCUAAAUAAUUUUUCAAUUCAUGGGACGUAUGAUGAACAAGAUAAAUCCCCCGAGAAACUUGAAGUAGUGGCAAAGAACGAAGAUAACAGGCGUGAGGAAGCUGUUAUUAAUUUGAGAAGAAAUUAUAGGCCUCCUUGCUUAGGUUUGUACCAAUUAGUUAUGAAAGCUAUGUUAGGACCAGAUGGUAAAGAAAUAGCUAGAAGAUAUUAUUUACAUGAAGGAUGCUUCAAUGAAAAUUAUGAAUACUCAAAAGAAAUAAUCAUUGGAAAUAAUGCUGCAUUUUCCAUAGUGCAGUUUUAUGAUCUUCAGCAAGAUAUGUCUACUUUCGCUAACCUUGUAGACGAUGUGUUAGUUCUAAUAUUUCAGUACUUUAAUUUGCGAGAAAUACCGAAAUUGAUGGUGGUCUGUAAACAUUGGAAAUUGGUAAUAGAUUCGAACGAAACCAUCUGGAAGAAAUGCAUUCCGCCAUUGAUAUCAGUUCAUUUAUCACAAUCCCAGAGUUAUAAGUUAACUUUAAAAAGAAUUUAUCAGAAUUCCAUAAAAGUUGGUGCCGAAAGAUGGUUUCCAAACCCGUGUCCAUUAUUAAACUUAAGAUCAAAAUUAAUAGAUUAUUGUAACCAAUGGGGAUUUGGUGGAAAAGAACCAACAGAUGCAGGAUUUACAUUGUAUGUCAGAUUGAACCCCAUCUAUGAUUUUAUCAAUGGACAUAAAGAUGUUGAAUUGGUUGACAUUAUUGAAAGACUUUGGAUUAGAUUUGGUGAUCGAGAAGAUGACGCAUCCAACCUUAAGAGUGUAAAUGAUGUCAUCAGACAUUCCAAUGAAGUAGAUUUUCCAAGACUCCUAGAGACUUUGCAAAGAACAUUCGAGCCAAGUUAUAUCAAGGGUGAUGAAGAUGAUGAUGACGAUGAGAAAAUUUGUGAUCGACUGGAUCUUAGCGAAUUUUCAAUAGAUGGUGAAUAUGAUGACAAAGAUACAUCCCCAGAAACGUUCGAAGUGGUGGCGAAGGAUAAAGGAGACUGGUGUGAGGAAGCUGUUAUUAAUUUGAGAAGAAAUUACAGACCUCCUUGUUUAGGUUUGUACCAGUUAGUUAUGAAAGCUAUGUUAGGACCACAUGGUGAAGAAAUAGCCAGAAGUUAUCAUUUAAAUGAGGGAUGUUUUAACGAAAAUUACGAAUACACAAAGCAACUUAUCAUUGGGGAAAAUGCUGCGUUUUCUAUCUCACAGUUUUACGAUCUUUGAAUAGUUACUUUGUUAGCUUAUUACCACAAAUUUGUACUUUUUAAGAGAAGCUGUCGUGUAAUGUUUUGUGUUUUUUAUGUAUGCAUUUAGUGUUAUUUUCACCAACACUUAGUUGCGUUGUGUUUAUCAUUUUUACUCAAGAUAUAUGGCAGGCCCA